AUGGCCGCCGCGGCCCGACUAUUCUUCGCCCUGCUCGCCUGCUUCCUCGGUCUCGGAAGCAUCGUUCAUGCGGCGACGGAGCUGUCGCCGUCAGAUCUGCCGAGCUGCGCCUUGAACUGCAUCAUCUUGGAAUCCAGCCACACAAACUGCGCCGUCACGAAUCAAACAUGCUUGUGCGCCGAUCAAGCUUUCAUGAACGUGGUCGAGACAUGCGUGGCGGCCAAAUGCACCGUCAAGGAAGCGCUAGUUGCCAAGAACGCGACGAUGUCGGCCUGCGGAGUGCCCGUGGUCCAGCACGACCAAGUCUUCCAGUAUCUGCGCGGCAUUCUCUUCGCGCUGCCAACGUUCUUCAUCAUCGCGCGGCUUGCCAGCAAAUAUUUGAAGCUGUCACAAUGGGGCCAUGAUGAUACGACCAUUAUGGUCGCCUAUGCCUCCCGCUACUGCGAUGCUAACAUCAAUCUCAUAGUUACCGUGUCUGGUGGCGCCAGAGACAUAUGGACGCUCACGCCCCAAGAAAUUACAAACACACUUCUGAUAGUGUACAUCUUCGCCAUAUGCUACGUAACGUGUCUCGCGGCCAUCAAGGCCUCCAUCCUCUUCCUGUUCCUCCGCGUCUUCCCCGAGGGAGUGUUCCGGAGGGCCCUGUGGUACACGCAGCUCUUUAACCUCUUGCUGUUGAUAUCCUUUCUAGCCGCCACGAUCGCGUCCUGCCAGCCCGUCGAGUACUUCUGGAUCGGGUGGUCAAAGGAGACGGAGGGCAAGUGCAUCGACGUGAACGUGUUUGGCUUGUGCCAUGGCGCCAUCAACGUCGCGCUGGACGUGUGGAUGCUCGCGCUGCCCAUAUCGCAGAUCUACCAGCUGAAGAUGGACCCGAAGCAGAAGAUGGGCGUGAUGCUCAUGCUCGGCGUCGGAAUCUUCCUUGUGGGAGUCAGCGCCUAUCGUAUACGGGCACUUACAUCAUUUGCGGUGUCAUUCAACGCCACAGCCAACACAUACGAGACCUCCAUCUGGUCUCACAUUGAGCUCUGCGUGGGCAUCUUAGUGGCCUGCCUACCGAGCACGCGCCAGCUCUGGGGCAUGGUGGUCCCCAGGAUCGUCAAGGUGACGCACGCCUCGCUGACCAGGUCGGGCAAGGGCUCUCUCGCUUCGAGCCAGGUCUUGCGGUCGACGCCAGGCGGUGUCGGCGACGACAAGCCGCCGCGCACCAUAUCGGACGAGCAGUCGUCGGUUUCUCGUCUGAUGCACGACGGCAACGAGAUCGGUCUCAACACUCUCGGAUACUCGGCAUCGGUGCGCGCAAAGGCGACGAACCGCACGGUCUUCAUCGAGGCGUGGCCCAGGCCGAAGGGCUCACCCGGCAGUUGGAAAAGCAGCUCUGGAGAGCUAGCGACGGGGCAGGGAGAUGAAAGCCAUUACUAUUCGGGGAAGGGGGUGCUCGUGUCAACAGAUGUGACAAGGCACGUCGACCUGGAUGAGGAGCGGAGGCAAGGGGGCCCACGACAUAUCGGGUUUCACGUCACGGGUGGCGUUGGGAGGUCGCCGCCAUAG